AUGUCGACGCCAUCGGCCAAGACUGCAACAUCAGGUGGUAAAUCAACAACCAAAACGACAACUACAGUUGUUAAAACAACAACCACCACCGUAACAAAAAAACAACCGCAACAACUUUCACUAACACCCCGUAGUGUUAGUUCAAAAACGAAAAGACCAAAAACAAGACCAAAUGGAAAGAAAGCUAUUAGUUCACACACAAAUCGUGAAUUAAAUGCUGGUGGUCUGAUGCGCUUUUCACGUGGUCGUAUGUUCCAGCGACGUGCAUUACACCGUAUAAAUAAAUGGAAAGGCGCUCAAGCUAAAUUACAAGGAGAUAAAACAAAGAAAACUGCUGGUAGCAUUCAGAAGAAGAAACAACGCAAACCAGCAUCGGUUAAGAAGCCUGUUGGUGGUGAACGUAAUGGCAAACAACGUACCGUAUUGGCAAAACGAUUUCCUCGUUAUUAUCCAACAGAAGAACGACCAAAGAAGUUCAGUGCUAAACGUAAGACAUUCGGCAGUCAUGCACGUCGUUUUCGAUCAACACUUGCGCCCGGUACUGUUGUUAUUCUUCUCGCUGGCAAACAUGCCGGAAAACGCGCUGUGGUUGUUAAACAUUUGGCAUCUGGACUUUUAUUGAUCACUGGUCCACACAAAUUGAACGGUGUACCCUUACGUCGUAUUAAUCAAAUUUACGUCAUUGGCACAAGCACCAAACUCGAUUUAUCAACAGCUAAAUUCGAUAAUUUAGAUGAUAAAUACUUCAAACGUGUUCGCCCAGCUAAGAAAAAUGCCGAGAAAGAUAUUUUUGAUUCAAAGAAAGAGAAAACACCACUUAGUGAUAAACGUCGUGAAGUUCAACGUAGCACAGAUGCCGUGGUUCUUAAUGCCAUCAAAGCAAGCGCUGACCGACGUCUCCUUCGUCAAUACCUUAAGAGCCGUUUUCAACUUUGGAAUGGUGUUUUACCACACAAAUUGAAAUUCUAA